AUGUUUGUGUACUUCUUUCUCGACCUGCCUAUUCUUACUAGUAGUGAUAGGCAGCACGUUACUAGCCACCACCUCCCCACCUCGCCUCCGCGCCUCUUCGCGGGAGCGCCACCUCGCCUCCUCGCCUCCACGCCAAGUUUCCACCCCGCCAGCACGCCACCGCACCAGGGUGCCCUUCCCCACUUUUACUUUCCCACCCGUUCCUCUUCCCCCACCCCAUCACCCUACUUUCCCGCCAAUCCCUCUCUCCGCCGCCUUCGAGUUCGGCACCACAUCACGCUUCCUCCUCCCCCUCUCACUCAGCGUCAUCGCAAAAACCCCUUCUCUCCUUCCCCUCCCCAGCCCUCCAUGCCUGCAGUCUCACUCUCACCUGACCCUCUCGACACCACCACACUCAUCCUCCUCUUUCAAUACCCACCACACCACUCAGCACGAGCAGCUGCAGCCCCGACCCUCGCAUCCUCGCCACCACGCCUCCUUGCUUCUAUGCCUCCUCGCCUCUCUGCCUCCUCGCCUCUCUGCCUCCUCGCCUCUCUGCCUCCUCGCCUCUCUGCCUCCUCGCCUCUCUGCCUCCUCGCCUCUCUGCCUCCUCGCCUCUCUGCCUCCUCGCCUCUCUGCCUCCUCGCCUCUCUGCCUCCUCGCCUCUCUGCCUCCUCGCCUCUCUGCCUCCUCGCCUCUCUGCCUCCUCGCCUCUCUGCCUCCUCGCCUCUCUGCCUCCUCGCCUCUCUACUCUCACUCCUCUACUCUCACCCCUCUACUCUCACCCCUCUACUCUCACCCCUCUACUCUCACCCCUCUACUCUCACGCCUCUACUCUCACGCCUCUACUCUCACGCCUCUACUCUCACGCCUCUACUCUCACGCCUCUACUCUCACCCCUCUACUCUCACCCCUCUACUCUCACCCCUCUACUCUCACCCCUCUACUCUCACCCCUCUACUCUCGCGCCUCUACUCUCACGCCUCUACUCUCACGCCUCUACUCUCACCCCUCUACUCUCACCCCUCUACUCUCACCCCUCUACUCUCACCCCUCUACUCUCGCCCCUCUACUCUCACGCCUCUACUCUCACCCCUCUUCUCUCACCCCUCUACUCUCACCCCUCUACUCUCACGCCUCUACUCUCACGCCUCUACUCUCACCCCUCUACUCUCACGCCUCUACUCUCACCCCUCUACUCUCACCCCUCUACUCUCACCCCUCUACUCUCACCCCUCUACUCUCACGCCUCUACUCUCACGCCUCUACUCUCACCCCUCUACUCUCAUGCCUCUACUCUCACCCCUCUACUCUUGCCGGUCGCUCUCAUCUGUGACCUCACCUCUUCCUCAUCACUCUCCCAUCCUUACUGCAGGUGCCGCCUGUCAUCAACAACCUCACAUUGCCAUCUGGCAUGCACAUGCGGGUGGGUAUGGGUGUGCGCUCUUCCUCCCCUCUCUCCCCACUUCAUCCCCUAAUUCCUCUCUUCCACGCCUUGGCGCUCCCAAUCUGCCCUCUCACUUCUCAUUCCAUCCUCUCUCCUCCCUGCCCUCCAAUUUCCUCAAGGCAACCAUUCUCUCCUCUCUGUUCUGCCUCUUUCACCCGUGCCCUCGAUUCUCCUCAAUGGCGGCAGGCACACGGCCAAUUGCCCCACACUUUGCUGCCCCACACUUCUCUGCCCCACGCUCUGCUGCCCCACUCUCUCCUGCCCCACGCUCUGCUGCCCCACUCUCUCCUGCCCCACUAUCUGCUGCUCCACACUAUUAUGCUGCACCGUGCCCUUCUGCCAUGCACUCUGUUGCCCAACGCUCUGCUGCCCCACCCUCUGCUGCCCCACCCAUUGCCCCCACUCCAUCUUCGUUCAUCAUCGCGUGUUGA